AUGAUAUCACUCAAUAUGAUAUCGACAAUUCUCGGGGCCCUAGCAAGCUUAGCAGCAGCUCAAUCUCCCGGUCAAGCAUACACAGGAGUAGCCGGAAACAGCACCAUAGCCGGAUCCUCUCUCGGUCCCGACGCAAACGGUAAAUACGAACUCUCCGCCCCUGGUAUCCGAGCAAACUUCAUAGCCUACGGUGCAUCAAUCUCUAAUCUCUUCAUCAACGACACCUCGGGUAUCGAACGCGAUAUUGUCGGAGGUUUCGAUAAUGCAACUUACUAUGGAAUUGAUAGACAACAUCCGCAUUUUGGAGGCGUGCCAGGUAGAUAUGCAAAUCGUAUCAAGAAUUCGAGUUUUGUUAUUGAUGGGGAGACGUAUCAUGUGUUGCCGAAUGAAAAUCCGACAGAGGAUAAUCCGGAGGGUGUUGAUACGUUGCAUGGUGGUCCGAAAGGUUGGGAUUGGAGAAAUUGGACUGUGGUUGCUCAUACUACUAGUUCGAUUACUUUUAGUUUGACGGAUCCAGAUGGAGAACAAGGAUUUCCCGGAGAGGUCGUUAGUUAUGUGACUUAUACUUUGAGUAAUAUGACUUGGUCUUUCAAAAUGAUUGCUAUUGCUACCACAAAGAAAACUCCUAUUAUGUUGAGUUCUCACACUUACUGGAACCUUGAUGGAUUCGCCAACAACGAAACAGCUACCGCUCUCAACCAUUCUCUUUACUUACCAUACGGUGGUCAAAGAAUCGGAACAGAUAGCAUUCUUAUUCCCACAGGCGACAUCAUAGCAAACCAACCCCAAUCCCUCAACGAUUUCUGGAGCACCCCCAAACAAAUCGGCGCCAACUUCAGCAACCCAGACCUCCUCGGAAACUGCGGCGAAAACUGCACCGGCUACGACACCGCCUACCUCACCAACCGUGACGCCGCCACUCUCUCCUCCUGGCACGUUUCCCCUGUAGCACGUCUCCGCUCCGCCUGGUCCGGCAUCCAACUCGACAUCUUCACAGAUCAACCCGCUUUCCAGGUAUAUUCCUGCGGAGGCCAAAAUGGAUCUAUGGCGUUGAAGAAAACGCAGGGUCUGUUUAAUGUUUCGGAUAGACCUCGCACGAUUCCGCAGUAUGGAUGUGUGGUUAUGGAAGUCGAGGAUUGGAUUGAUGGGAUUAAUCAGCCGGAGUGGGGGAGAAAACAAAUUUGGGGUCCGGAGGAUGGUCCGUAUGUUUUGGAGGCGAAGUAUAGGUUUAGUUUGAAUGAUACUCGGAUGGGUUUAUUGGGUGAGGGGUCGGGUUAG